AUGUGCAUAGACGAUUACGAUGAUAAUCUUUUAUUUAAUUUAGAAGAGGUUUCUUACAAAGAAGGAUAUGAAGAAGGUCGAAACGAAAACUUAGAAAAAAACUAUUAUGAGGGAAAACAAUAUGGUCUUCAAGUUGGGUUUCAAAGAUUCCAUAAUAUAGGUCAGAUUCAAAGUAUAUGCAGUUUGAUUAUAUCAAUGUUGCCCAAAGAGACAGAACCAAAACAAACAACCUUAGUCAAACAUUGCCAACAAGUCAUAAAAACUAUUGAACAAUUGACUCUAGACAAUUCUUCUUCUAGUGUUAAAAUUUAUGAAUCGGAAAUUAAUAAGAUUAGAAAUAAAUUUAGAACCAUAUUAAUUAUAUGGAAUAAAAGCAAUAAGUCUAACAAAUUAGAAUAUGAAAAUAUAGUUCUUAUAGAUAAAAGAAUUAGUGGCGAAAUUAAGGGUUAUAUACAAGACCAUACAGAAACUGCUGGUACAAAUGAAAAGAGCAACGAGGACUUGUUAAACUCAGAUCAUCAAACAACAGACUGGUAG